ACUGGGCCGGUCGUGGUUGGGUCACAGCGAGUCACGCAGAGCUGAAACCAAAAGUCCAUCAAGUCCAAACGCACCCAUCACGCUAACACCCCCCACACAAACACACCACACUCCAAGCGCACGUUAGCAGUCUCCGCCAUCUUCGCCACCCCGCUAGCGCCGUCGAUGGAGUCUCUCUUCGACAUGAUCAACGUCCGCGACCUUCUCUCGGCGCAGGACCUCUCGGACCCAACCUCCCCUCUAUCAGCGCCCGAUCUGCACCUCCUGAUCCAGCGCCUCGAGUCGCAGUCCCUCCAGAUCCGCUCUCAGGUCCAGUCCUACCUCGUCUCACACCGUGAAGACUUCGCGCGCCUCUUCUCUCUCUGCAACGAUGCCGUUUCGCAGACUCGCGAGAUCUCCGACGACGUCGCCGCCAUUAUUCGACUCCUCUCCGACCGACCGAUCGAUGCCGAGGUGCUCGAGGUUGUGUCGGAGAUGAAGGUGAAGAAAGAGGAGCUAAAGGUGAAGAAGGAGCUCCUAGGGCUGGUUGGAACCGUUGUGACGUUGAACAAGAGGUUAGAAAGUGUGAAGGAAGCGUUGAGGAGUGGAAGGUUCGAAUUUGCAGCGCAAGGGUUGAAGGAGUUGAAAGUGGCGUUGAGGAUUGAUGACAAGGAUGAUAGGGAGCCUUUGGUGUAUGGUUUGUUGAGGAAGGAGUGGUCUCAGUGCUUUGAAGAGAUUCAAGAGGUCCUUGUGAAAUAUAUGGAAAAAGCUGUACGAUUUGACGGGGAGUUGAAUCAAGUUGAGGUCAAGUAUCAGUUAGAAGUUGAGAAUGUGAACAGGAUUCAGUUUCAAACAGUACUGGAGGCAAUGGAUGUUGUUAGUAUUCUAGAGUAUGGACUUGCUAAAGUUGCUGAUUUGAUGAUCAAAUAUGUUAUUACUCCAUUUGUAAGUCAUGGACAACCUCUUUCACUUUUAGAGGAAUUGCAUCCAGAAUCAGCUGUCCUGAAGAUAGUUGCAUCACCAGAUAUUAAGUCUGAAUAUUUAGAUGGAGAGUUUCUCUAUUCGGGGAUUCUGCUAUUUAUCAAAUUUAUUUACAGAAGUAUUUGCCUCCAGAAAAGUUCUUGGAUGCAAUGUUUUGGACGGUUGACAUGGCCAAGGAUAUCAGAGCUAAUAAUAUCUAAUUUUCUCUCAAAGGUUGUCCCAACUGAUGCAUCAAAACUUCCUGACUUUCAGAAGAUUAUCAUCCGUACAUCUGAAUUUGAGGCAGCUUUGAAAGAGCUUAUGUACAUUUCAUCUGACAAUGAUAACAGACUGAGCAAUUUUGCUGAAAAUGUUGAGGUUCACUUUGCAUUUAAGAAAAAGACAGAGAUCUUGGCUAAAACUAGAAAUCUGCUUCUAGAAUGUGACUUUUCAAUUCCUCAAGAGUAUACAAGGGAUGGUUCUAUUUGGAAGAAUGAUGAAACAUCUGUUCAGUCAUCCAGCCAUGUUGUAAAUUUACUUUUCUUAUCAGAGAGGUGUCUAGUAUCCAAAGCAGCCAAAGAAUUGAUGGGGCUAAUUCAUCAGACACUGCAGGAUGUUUGCCUAUCAUCUACAAGAGUUGCUUUGGAAUUUUAUCAGACAGCUAGAGAUGCCAUACUCCUUUAUGAAGUAGUUGUCCCUGUAAAGCUAGAGAGGCAGCUCAAUGGCAUUAAUCAAGUAGCUGUUCUGUUGCAUAAUGACUGUCUUUAUCUCUCCCAGGAGAUACUUGGCUUUGCAUUUGAGUAUCGGACAGACUUUCCUAGUUCCAUUAAGGAGCAUGCUGUGUUUGUUGAUUUGGCUCCAAGAUUUCAGCUAUUGGCAGAAGAAAUACUGCAGAGACAAGUUCACCUUGUUAUUUAUAAUUUGAAGGAGGCUAUAGAUGGUGCUGAUGGGUUUCAAAAUACUCACCAGAUGCAACAAUUUGAGUCGGCUAAAUUUAGUAUAGAGCAGGUUGUUUUCAUUCUGGAAAAAAUACAUAUCAUAUGGGAGCCACUUUUGCUGCCUUCAACCUACAGGAAAAGCAUGUGUACUGUCUUAGAGUCAGUUUUCUCAAGAAUUGCUAGAGAUAUACUUCUGUUAGACGACAUAGCUGCAGAGGAGACUUUACAGCUUCAAAGACUUGUUCAUCUAAUGCUGGAAAACCUAUCCUCAUUAUUGGAGUCUUUGCCCCCUGGGGGGCAGACUUUGCAAGAGUUCCCUGCACAGUCUCCCGAAGAUUUAAUCCCAUCGUUGCGUAAAAUCCGGAAACUAUCAGAAUUAUUAGAUAUGCCUUUAAAAUCCAUUACAUCAUCUUGGGAGAAUAAAGAAUUACUCUCUUGUGGCUUUACAGUAACUGAGGUGGAAGAUUUCAUAAAAGCUAUAUUUACAGACUCGCCUUUAAGAAAAGCGUGUUUAUGGAGGAUACAAAAUGCGAGUUUUUAGGAUUCAUCUAACUUCAUGCUGAAUCUUUAAAUCACGAAGAACACACUGGAGUUUGAGAUUUAGAGAUGAUCGAACACCUUGGCAAAGGCAUGCUGGAGUUUGAGCUGCCACUCCAAAUACUACGGGUACCAGACAGUGCAUUUGAAGCAGAUUCGUGCUGGUAAAUUCUGACUAGAAGGCUUCCCGAUAAAGAUUUUGUUGACAAAAGUGUACGCAGUACAAGUGAUAGUCUUUCUUUUUACAUUUUUUUUUCCUUUUUCGUUUAAAGCAAUGUAGGGAGGGGGUUGUGCAGACUUGUGCCUCGUUUCUCUUCUGGAGAAUCCUAAUUGGUAUCAAUAGGAAUCGCUGGUAUGAAUCCAAUGGUAGAUAGAUACCUGCAUGUAAUGCUACUACUUCAAGAUAGAUUCAGUGAGACCAUUUUCAGAUGCA